UAUCUUUGUAUAUACUCUUUGACUAGUAACAGCUUCCAAAACGUUGUUUAUUGAUUGUAAAAAGGAGACGUCAGUGGAACUCAGCCGGGGUAGUUUGAUCGAAUGUGUUACUACUAACUAAAGAGCAAUAACUAUGACUUUGAAAGCUGUCUCCAUUACAACAUUACUUCUUGUGGCUGUUGGAUUGAUCCACUUUACCAAUGGAGGGUAUGUGAUAGUGUCGCCAGAAUCCAUACGCCCUGGAUUGCCAUUCGUUGUCAGCUUAAAUAUUGAUGCUGCUGAAACUUUCACCUUGACUCUCUGGAUAACGGAAAAUUCGGUUGAGUUAACACAGUCUGUAACGACAUACAACAGUAGCGUCACUGACACAAUUGAAUUACAGGUGCCGGAGGACAUUCAAGAUGGCGCCUACAUGAUACAUGCAAAUGCAUCAGGGGGAAUUAGCUUUGAAGACGAAAAAACCUUAAAAUAUGCUUCGAAGGGUUUCUCAAUCUACAUCCAGACGGACAAAGCCAUUUAUAAGCCAGGCCAAACAAUAAACUACAGAAUAUUUGCUGUGAACCCUGACUUAUCCCAACGCAUGGUGAACUUUGACAUUGAAAUCAAGGAUCCACUGGGGAAUUUAAUCAAGCAAUGGAUUGACUAUGAGCCGCCCAGUACAGGUGUAAUAACAGAAGAGUUAAUGAUGACAACACAGCCUGUUCUAGGGGACUGGACUAUUACAGCUACUUCAGGGCAUGUGGCUGUGGAACAGGUUUUCACUGUGGCUGAGUAUGUCCUGCCAAAGUUUAAAGUGUCCGUCACCCUGCCUUCAUUCAUCACCAGUGAAGAAUCUGAACUAGAGGGAAGAGUAGAUGCAACAUUGAUGGAACCAGCAGUUUCUCCGUGUCCAUGAGGGAAUUCUCAUAUUUUUACGAUGGAAUGGGUUUCUAUGUUGUUGCCAUGGUAACGGAGUCACUGACUGGAAUUGAACAAAACUCAACCGCUUCAACUGCAUACUAUAAAAAACCUGUGAAAGUGGAAAUUUUACAUGCAAGUCCAAGGACCUUUAAACCUGGUCUCAUGUAUACUGCUUAUAUUGCAGUUACGAAACAAGAUGGUACACCACUGUCAUACGCAGAGAGGAGAAUGCCUUUGCUUGUCAGGCGCUCCAGUGAAAUGAGUCCAACAAGGAUUGAAAUUCCAACCAGUGGGGUUGUAACAUACACAUUUGAAACAAUGAGUGCUGAUUCUUUGUUCAACAUAGAGGCAUGGUACUACCCAGGAGAUCAGGAACAAUAUCGCAGUACCAACAUUUAUGUAGAAAAAGCCGAGUCACCGAGCAACUCAUUCAUACAAAUUGGGUUGGAUACUUCGGAUUUGUCAGCAGGAAAUGUCGCAACAUUCACGCUUCGAUCUACAGAAAUCCCUCCGUACAUUGUUUAUCUGAUCAUAUCAAAAAGCAGAAUUGUUGCUAUGAAAACCAUCCGUGGUCUGACAUCCACCCAAAAUUUCUUUUCCGUUGACGUUACUUCAGAUAUGGCACCAUUUUCCAAAUUGGUGGCGUAUUACGUUCGCGAAGAUAAAGAAGUUGUUGUUGAUGUGUUUAAAUUUAAUGUUGAUGGUGCUUUUAAGAAUCAGGUUAGUCUAUCAUUCAGUAAUGAGGUCGUUGAACCCGAUGACAACAUUACUGUUGACGUUACAGCAACCGGAGGAUCCCUUGUUUACAUUUUAGCAGUCGAUCAGAGUGUUUUACUCCUAAAAUCUGGCAACGACAUCACUCAACAAAAGGUUCUCAGAGAAUUAGAAACGUUUGAUGGAAGCGAAGAUGAGGGUGUAAUUGAUGGUCCCAUAUUUUUCGAUUCGUUCUUUCCAAUCCCAACUACAGGUACAACUGCUGAAGAUAUCUUUGAUAAUACUCGUGUUUUGGUGUUAACUGAUGCUGAGAUAUAUGGUAGAGAGAAUGACUAUUUUUUUGAGGAUAGAGUUUUUCCUGCUGUAGUAGCUGAAGCUGCUGGUGACUAUGCAUAUGCAAUGGAUGACGCAUUUGAUGGUGGUGAUAUUGACAGGCAACUGGAAUCAGGGGAGCCAGCUUUAGAUGAAGAUCCUCCUGUGCGUACUGAGUUUCCGGAGACGUGGCUCUGGACAGAAACAACCGUCGGAGAGGAUGGAACUGUUUCCAUCACCGCCAAAGUUCCAGAUACCAUCACGUCUUGGAUUGGAAGUGCCUUUGCAUUGUCCAGUGAUACAGGACUUGGAAUUGUGCCAACUACAUCAAUGGUGACAGUUUUCAAACCUUUCUUUGUCUCCUUAAACCUACCUUACUCAGUGAUUCGAGGUGAAACCCUAGCAUUGGAGAUUUUAGUCUUCAACUAUCAAACCACAGAUAUUACUGCUGAGAUAAUCCUUCACAAAUCUGAGGAUUUUGAUAAUAUUGAAUUCCAAACAAGCAACAACAUUGCGGACAAAUUCAACGAGGUUUAUGUUAGCAAGGAUCAGGUCGUGAGAACAGCUAUUCCUGCCGGAGGUGGUGUGUCAGUUUCUUUUCCCAUAAUUCCCAAGGAAUUGAAGUUGAUGGACAUUCAUGUGUCGGCGCAGUCAUCAACCGCCAGAGAUAGUGUCAUUAGACAGCUUUUGGUUGAGCCCGAGGGAGUUAUGAAGUCGUACACUGAUCCAGACCUCAUCGAUUUAUCAGGCGACAUGUUUACAAAAUCGUUUCUUGUUGAUCUUCCCCCAUCUGGUCUCGUUGAGGGCUCUGUUCAUGUAAUGCUCUCAGCCACAGGUGACAUAAUGGGCCCUACUAUGAGCGGAUUGGAUGAGCUGCUGCGUGUGCCCUCGGGCUGUGGGGAGCAGAACAUGAUAGGCUUCGCUCCAGAUGUCUUCAUCUAUGAUUACCUCGUAAACACAAACCAGAAUAAUCUUGAGAUAAAGGAAAAGGCUCUCCGCUAUAUGAACAUUGGCUACCAGAAGGAGCUCACUUACCAGCACAAGGAUGGCUCUUUCAGUGCCUUUGGUGACAACGAUCCCUCUGGCAGUACUUGGCUGACAGCCUUUGUGGUCAAAUCAUUUGUCCAGGCUCAGGAGUUCAUUUUCAUUGAUUACAAACUUGUGGAGAAGGCUGUUAUUUGGAUACUGAUGCAACAGAAUAAUGAUGGAUCAUUCCGGGAACCAGGAAAGAUCUGUCACAGAGAUAUGCAGGGUGGUUUAUCUGGACCAGUUACCCUUACAGCAUAUGUGUUGGUGGCCUUGCAAGAAGCUAAGCAUGGGAAUGGAUUCUCUCAGACUACAUUGGACUUGCUUGGCAGUUCUGUUGAUAAUGCUGCAUCCUACAUUAACUCUGAGUUAUCCAACUUCAGAUCUGACCCAUAUGUAUUGGCUAUCACGACCUAUGCCCUUACAUUAAGCAACCAUGCAAAUAAAGAUGGGUUUCUUGCUGCAUUAGAAGAACUAGCAAUUGUUGAAGAUGGUAUGAAACAUUGGAGCCGUCAAGAUGUAGUUGAAGAAGUUGUCCCUGAUGUAGGGCGGGAAAUAUGGUUUCCACCGUAUCAUACACCACCCUCAUCUGAUAUUGAAAUGACAGCCUACGGACUUCUCGUUUAUCUGGCUCGUGAUGAUAUCCUGUCAGGAUCAUCUGUUUCCAAAUGGUUGACUAAACAACGAAGUGAACUUGGUGGAUAUUCAUCAACGCAGGACACUGUUGUAGCUCUGCAAGCUUUAGCAUCUUAUGCAGGUGAAAUGAGUACGAACAGAGGGGAAGUUGCAAUAGCUGUAACAGCAACGGCUGAUCCCUCUUACAAGCAUAAUAUAACUAUUAACAGUGAGAAUGCGCUUGUUUUCCAGCAGUUGGAGAUCCCAGUGACAUCUGGCUCAGUUGAUAUAACAGUAUCUGGCAGUGGUUCCGUUCUGGUUCAGUUCACAGUUUCCUACAACAUGGAGGAGGUUGACCAGGUGCCAGCAUUUAAUGUCGUGGUAACAGUGGUUGACGACGAUCCAAACAACAUCCAAGUUGAAGUUUGUGGACAGUAUUUGAAGGAGGAAGAGAGCGGGAUGUCAAUCAUGGAAGUCGGUAUCCCAUCAGGCUUCGAUGUGGAUGAGGACAAAUUGAAGGAGGAACUGUCGAAGAUUGUUACUCUGCAAAAGUAUGAGCUGCAGACAAGAUAUGUUAACCUAUAUCUUGAUGAGAUUGCAUACGAACAUAGGACUUGUGUUCGUAUCACCGCCUUCAGAUCAAAUAUUGUGUCAAACAUCAAGCCCAGCCCUGUGAAAGUGUACAACUAUUAUCAGCCAGAUGAACAAAUGACCAUGUUUUACACGUCAGACACUCUGAUGAAUUCCAAUAUCAGAGAAUUAUGUGGCAACUGUGGAGAGGUCGUGUCCCUGUCUGUCGUAGAUGGAGAAACUACCAAAAAGCCUUCUUCUGGGAUGCCUCAUUUAAGCCCAAACCCUCUCAUUAAUAUCAUUGCACUCAUUCUGAGCUGUUUCCUCACUGGGUUUAUGCUGGGCGUUAACUACCAUGUGUAAAUUAUUGAUAGCUACUAUCAGUUAAACACUAUAGCUUUAUAAAUAGGGAUAAUUAACAGAGGAUUUGAGAUCACUCAAGCUACGGUCACACCAGAGCCUAAAGUUUGGCUUGACUCAGUACAGUUUAUGAUCUCAUGCGUGGCUUAAAAAUGUUCAGUUUCCAAUUUGGUUAACUCAGAUAGUAGAAAUCCUUGAGCAUAAACAUAACACCAUUUUGGUCACACACUUCUCUGAGAAAAGUACAAUGGCAAGUUCUAGGUGAACCCAGGUCAACCUGUACCAUUGCUUGGGUUGAGCUGUCUGGGUUAAGAACAGUUACAAUCCAGGCAUCAGUCAACCCUGCUUAGUUCAGAUUAUGAGUUUACUAAAGUCAAGUCAGACUUGAGGCUGUAAUGUGAUUGUAGCCUCUCUGUUAUCAAUGCUUCUCUAGCUACUUAGGCCUUCAUUUUACAGUAUAGGUAUAAGGUAUAAGUUUUUUAUAUUAGGUAUCAUUGGUUGGUACAUAUAAUAUAAUUAUAUUACUGUUUCAAAAUACAUUCCAAAUGGUAAAGGAUCUUUUUAGCCAUACAUAAUAAUAAAUAUAUAAAUCAUAAUUAUUGAGCUGGUUUUGUAUUGUCUCGUGCAAAGCAGAAGUUGGAACAAUCAUUUAUUAUUAUUAUUAUUAUUAUUAUUAUUAUUAUUAUUAUUAUUAUUAUUAUUUUAAUAAUAUCAAAAUUAUUAUAUUACUUAUUAGCAAUCAUGUUAGGUAUAUAUUUUAUUUUAAUAAUAAUCUGUAUUAAUAAUAGCGAUAGUGACAUCAAUUAUAAUAAUAAUAAUGUUUUUCAACAUUCAAAGCAAAAGUCUGAACAAUCAUUUAUUAUUGUUAUUAAAAUAUUGACAUUAUUAAAUUACUUAUUAUCAAUCAUGUUAGGUUUUAUAGCGAUAAUUUGAUGUUUAAAUAAUAAUCUGUAUUAAUAAUAAUGAUGAAAAAUAGUUUUUAAUGACAGUGAUAGAGACAAGAAUAAUGUUUUUAAAAAAAGUUAAUAAUUUGGACUAUAAGAAAUAUUAAUAAUCUGAUAUUUUUUUAUUGUGAAUUUGUCCCUGAAAUAUCUUCUCCCUUUGGUCAGUAAUUUUUUGAUGUUUAUUUAUGAGCCAAAUAAGAAUGCAUAUAUGUAUUUGAAUGUUGCACUGGAAUAUGGAAUAUACUAUUAUUAGAAAUAUAUUGUAAAUACUGUAGAAUUUUUAUUUUGGAAUAUUUAAAUAAUCUAUUCAGGUGCCUUCUCACACAUGUUGCAAUGUAUUCAUUUCUAUUCUAAUCUAAUGAUUUGUAAUAAUUAUAUAUUAAAUAUUAUAUAGAAUUUUUUUCUCAAUGGAAACAGAAUGAGUUUAUUAAGAUAUAAAGAAAAUAAAGAAUUCCAAAAAUGCAAAUUUUACGAGUCUUUUAAUAACAUUGUAGUAAUAAUAAUUAGUGAUUUUAUCAAUACUUCAUGAUUGGUAUUAAUUUAUAAAUUGUUAAAUGUGGUAUGUGGAUCAUUAUGUUUACAUGAAUUUGCUUUCGUAAUAAAGUUCUUGGCAUUUGUGAAAAACAAAA